AUGGACAUGAACCAGCCCAUAUUUUCGGCUCCGCCUGGUUACGUCGUCGAUGUGGACAAUCCCCAGAGAACCGGGGAAGCUGCAAAUUUCUGGGUUGGUACCUUGGGCAUGAUUGUUGCUGCCAUCUUCAUGGUUAUACGUGUCUUUACAAAGACAAGGCUAGCAAAGGGCUUUACACCGGACGAUAGUAAGCUCGCUCAAAUCUCUCAGAACACCUCUCAAGCCUUCUGCAACGGAAUCCAGUAUCUGACGAAGACCAACAGUAGCGUUGCUCGUAGCUUGGUCCAGUAUGGCCGAGGCACUCUCGGCGUACACAUCUGGGAAUUGACUGGCCAUAGAGUCAACUCUACAAUGAACCUGAUCAGUGUAGCAAGCAUCAUCUACUGUCCUUUCCUCGCUAGCGCUAAGCUAUCUCUCCUCUUCUUCUACCUACGCCUGUCGCACAUACAAUGGUUCCGACUGUGCGUAUACGCAAGUAUGUUCGUCGUCGUUGGAUACAACAUUGCGCUUGUCUUUCCGCUCAUCUUCGCAUGUACGCCUUUCCGACGGAACUGGGAUGUUACAAUUACCGAGGGAAGUUGCAUCGAUAGGACACCACUUUAUAUGGCGACGGCGGUCCUGAAUAUGGCCACAGAUAUCUUACUGCUGAUCUUACCUAUACCGAUGGUGGUCAAGCUGCAGAUGCCUAGGGCUCAGAAAGCUGGUUUGAUAUGCAUAUUCGGUGUGGGCUCGCUGACAUGCAUAACAAGCGCCGUACGACUAGCUCUACUCUUUCCCAUGCUUCAAACCAUCGACCAGACGUGGGCGAUCGUCAUGCCAGGUAUUUGGAUUCUCAUCGAAGCCAACCUCGUCAUUAUCACAGGCUGCCUGCCAACAAUGCGUCUCUUCUUUCGGCAUGUCGCACCGCGUCUGAUCGGCGAGUCUUCGCUUCGCAGUCGGAGCCGAAAGCAAAGUAGUACAGGAUAUGGGGGUGGCUCACAUCACCAACUGGAGCUCAAGACCAUCGGAUCGAGGGCUAUGAAUAAGAGAUUCGAGUACGUGGAGGAUGACACGGUGAGUGUGGGUAGUGAGGAGAGGACGACGGCGGGCUGGAGGGGUGACAGGGACUCUGAGAGGGGCAUUGUUGUCGCGGGAAAUGCCGGGGGAAUUACGAAGACGUCAAGUGUUGUUGUCGAGAGUGAGUUGCGGAAGAGUAGUUCGACGGAUCUAAGGUCGAGUGUUGCAUGCCUGCGGUGA